AAUCAUAACAGUCUGUUAAUUUCCGUUUGAUGUUUCUUUGAUGUUUUUGGCGAUACACAUUUUGCACUAUGCUUGUCCAAUGUUUCAGUAAUGCAAACAUGAGGAUGCAACAAUGAGUGCAGCAUUUGAUUUAAUAUUUUGGCAUGUGACAUUUUGAUUCCUCAAUAAUGGCUGGAAGAACUCAGCAGCAAGCUGAUCGUACAAGACGAAAAAGAAGUCGAACUCUGCCACCCGUGUAUACCGGAAUAAGUGGGUCAUUUGAGGACAAAGACAAUGAUUUUGUUUGUCCAAUAUGUUUUGAUAUCAUAGAAGAAGCUCACAUGACCAAGUGUGGUCAUACAUUUUGCUACAAAUGUAUCAAACAAAGUUUAGAGAAUAGUAAUAGAUGUCCUAAGUGUAACUAUUUAAUAGAGAGUUCAGAUCAGAUCUUUCCAAACUUCACAUUGAAUGAAUUAAUAAUGAAACACAGAGGAAAACUAGAAGAGAAAAAGAUAAAGGUAGAAAAUAAUAUACAUGGAGGAAGUACAUCUUGGUAUGACAUGAUCACAGAAGAUAGUUUAGAUCUGCCGAAUGUCAAUAACCUACUGGAGAUUUUACAGACCAAGAAACAAAAACUUGAAGCGGACAAUCAGCUAUCCCAGCACAUGAUAUUGAAAGACUUUUUACAUAACGUCAGACAGAAAAAACAAGAGCAACUGGAUCAACUUCAGAAAGAAUUAUCAUUAAUAGAUGAAGAUUUAUCUAAAGUGGAGGUGAUGAUUUCAGAAACAAAGAGAAAAUUUUCAUCAUUUUCAGAUCAUCUAGUUCCUAAUGGAUUUGAUGUGGCUACAGAUAAUGGUAGUCAAGAUGGUUUUAAUGGUAGUAAAAAUGCUGGAAAACCUUUCUUUAACACAACACAUGCAGCAAGACGGAAGAAAGUGGACCAGCAUUAUGAAGAUUUAGAACAAUGUUAUUUCACAAUACGACAGAAAAAACUGUUUGAAUUUGAAGACAAGAGCAAUGGUUUAGAUGAAUUUACUGAAAGUCUUUCAAAAUUUACUAGAUUUAGUUCAUUCCGACCAUUAGCCACACUUAGUUAUGCUAGUGAUAUGUAUAAUGGAUCUAGUAAUAUUGUAUCCAGUAUAGAAUUUGAUAGAGAUUGUGAUUAUUUUGCUAUAGCUGGAGUUACAAGAAAAAUUAAAAUAUAUGAAUAUGAUACUGUGAUAAAGGAUGCUGUAGAUAUACAUUAUCCUGUACAUGAAAUGGUGUGCAAUUCUAAAAUCAGUUGUGUUACUUGGAGUUCAUACCAUAAAAAUCUGCUAGCUAGCUCAGACUAUGAAGGGACAAUCACCCUAUGGGAUGCUUUUACGGGUCAAACUUCUAAAAUUUUUCAGGAACAUGAGAAACGAUGUUGGAGUGUAGAUUUCAACAGAAUGGAUCCUAAACUAUUAGCUUCAGGUUCUGAUGAUGCCAAAGUGAAAUUAUGGUCCACCAAUACAGAUCAUUCUAUAGCAUGUUUAGAAGCCAAGGCUAAUGUGUGUUGUGUAUAUUUCAAUCCAGAAAGUCGUUAUCAUUUAGCAUUUGGAUCUGCAGAUCAUUGUGUUCAUUAUUAUGAUUUACGGAACACCAAACAGGCUGUGAUGGUUUUCAAAGGGCAUCGGAAGGCAGUAUCUUACUGUAAAUUCUUAAAUUCUCAGGAAAUAGUUUCUGCAUCAACAGAUAGUCAGUUAAAGCUGUGGGAGGUCAGUAAACCAUCCUGUCUACGGACAUUUAAAGGACAUACUAAUGAGAAAAACUUUGUUGGACUGGCGACAGAUGGUGAUUAUAUAGCUUGUGGUAGUGAGAAUAAUUCCUUGUUUGUUUAUUAUAAAGGAUUAUCAAAGCAACUGUUGACAUUUAAGUUUGAGACUGUUAAAAGUGUGCUGGAAAAGAAUAAGAAAGAGGAGGAAGUGAAUGAGUUUGUUAGUGCUGUUUCUUGGAGACCUGGCUCCAAUGUUAUGGUUGCUGCCAAUAGUCAAGGAACAGUAAAAGUGUUAGAAAUGGUAUAGCAGCCAAAACGAUAUUUAUCUAUGUACUAAAAACAACAAACAGUGCAGAAGUUUGGACUACAAACAAAAGAUUUUUGUGCUAGAGAUAAAAACAAUAUUAUUUUGAUAAAUUUUUAUUUUUAAUGCAAUAACAAAAAAGGUUGUUAAAAACUGAAGUGGCAUGACACAUUCUCUAUUCCCACUGUAAUUCAGUGGCAAAAUUAUUGUACAUUCUCUUUUUCCACUGUAAUUCAGUUGCAAAAACAUUGUGCAUUCUCUUUUCCCACGUUUACUCAGGUUGUUUUCAUGUGCCAUUUGAACUUUUAGUAUUCAGAAAGAUAAAGGUUGUAUACUAACAAAAGUCAUGAUCAAACCUACAUAAUAUACUUAAGGGGACACUAUUAAUUUAUAUUUGGGGUUUAGGUUCAAGUAGAGAAGGCUAGUAUAAGAUAGGUUGCAGUAGACUGCCAUAUGGACAUGGUCUAUAUUAAGGCUAAAAACUCAUUCAAUAUCAAUUUCAGGCCAGUAACACUGCUGUUGAUUCAUUAUAACUAGACAUUCAUAAUUAUGUAUUGUUCUGUGUGGAAUAUUAACUUAGACAGCUGUUUGUGUAGAUCAUUUCUGUAGUCUUUUCAACUGUCUGUUUUUGAUAACAUCAUUUAAGUAAACAUACCUUCUAACUUUUCAAAAUCUCCAUAGGGGAUUUUAAGCGCAAGAGGACAAACCAUUCCUCUUUUAUUGUCAUUAGUGUUUGUAAUCUACUACAAUAUUGUUUAAAUGAGUAUAUAUAUAUAUAUAUGCUUAAAUACCUUUUAAACUCCUUUAAAUGAAUGUUUUGAGGUGUUCAGUUCAUAUAAUAAAGAAUUUCAAAGUUAAGGUCACCACCUCUUAUGGGGGAUAUCCCCCAUAAAUAGGGAUAGUUGGUAGGUCUGAGUAAACUAUGUAAUUGUCUAACUAUCAAUGUAUUGUCCCGUUUACCAAUUACCUUACCUUUCAAAUCUUGAAAUGGAAUCAUAUUGGGUAUUUCAGUUUUAAAUCUCAUAUUUGAUUUUCAAUUGUAAAUUACAGAUGUUGAAAAAGCUAUGAAAGCUUGGGACUAAUCUAAAGGUAAAUUCAGCCUUUAACAGUAAUUGUGGCUUUGUCAUGAAAUUAAAAAAAAAAAUGAAUGUCUAAUUAACCUUCAGUGUAGAAUGGUUUUGAGGUGUAAAUUAUUGCAUAUUGUUAACCACUGUUUUUGUAUGAUUGUAUUUUGUCUACCUCUUUCUCGUGACCACCAUCUUUACAAAAAUAUAUUGUGUUGUUAAUGUACCUCAAUUAAGAGAUCACAAUUACUCUGUAAUGACGUAAGUUACACAGGUGUGUUUUACCUGUUGUGGUUUCUUAAUACAGGUACAUCUUACCUGUCAUGAUUUCAGUAUACAGACUUUACUGUAUUGUUGUUCAUUUCAUUGUGCCACAAGUCAUUUUAAAUGAAUUUUGUAUAUUUUUUUUGUAUGUUAAGUUUCUUAUUUAUUAUAAUUGUUAAACUAUUUAUAACUUAUUUCACCCUAAAUUACUUCUGAAAGCUUAUAAAAGUGGUAUUUAUGUAAUGUAUUGUAUAUGAAUUGAACCAGUUAGAAAUACAAUGUAGGCUUAAUGCAAAUAGACAACUGUUAAAUUUAAUAGGAUGGUGGGGUUUGAAUAAUAUUUAGCACCAGCUAGCCAGAAAUAAGAUGAAAAAUUUGCUGAAGAAGCUUUUCUGAUAUAUUCUCUCAUCUACAUAACUUAAGAAAUUCUUUCAAAUGGAAUAUUGAUUGAUUGAUGUUAUUUUAAAGAAGAAAAAAUGAUACAAAUGUGUGUUUUUUUAAUUUAACAUGAACUUUUUAAUGUAACUUUUAUCUGAUAUGAGCUUUAUUCACUUGAAAAUUUAAAUUUUUAAUAUGAUUUUCAGAUUUUGCUAUUAGGAAUUACACAUUUAAAAUGAAUUUUACCCGAUAUGAGUUUGCAUAUUCUCAUGUAAAUUUCAACAUGAAUUUUAAUCAUUAUUCUGACAUUUUGAUAACUUUAAGAAACAUUUUAUGAACAGAUACAUUUAAAUGAUAAAAUUUAAGUUUUGAAAUGUAUGCACAAGCUCUUUCCACAUGAAAUUGUGUUAAAAUUUAAGUUUUGAAAUGUAUGCACAAGCUCUUUCCACAUGAAAUUGUGUUAAAAUUUAAGUUUUGAAAUGUAUUCACAAGCUCUUUCCACAUGAAAUUGUGUUAAAAUUCAUGUAAAUUUUACAAACAAAAACAAUUUAUAUGAGCAAUAUUUUCCUGUAUUCAUAGGUUAAAUUUAUUAAAUGGAAAAAGAUUAAUACAGUGCUACUAUGAGUGUACAAGUAACAUAUCUUUAGUCAAUAUGCUAGUGUUGGGUGUUAUAGUGUACCAGUCAAUUAACUUCAGUCCAUAGGUCAAUGUUCAAGUUAAUUAGAUAAAAUUUGUGUCAGUGUUAAUAUUAGAGUGUACAAGUUGAAUAACUUUAAAUCAUAUCUCAGUGUUUGAAUUUUGUCUAUAUGUCAGAACAUACUAGGUGUUGAUGUUUACAAGUUAAUUUACUUUAGUGCACAUGUCAGUGUUGGAUUGGACAUGUUGAUUUACUUUAGUGCACAUGUCAAUGUUGGAGUGUACAAGUUAAUUUACUUAAGUGCACAUGUCAGUGUUAGAGAGUACAAGUUGACUUACUUUAGUGCACAUGUCAGUGUUGGAGUGUACAAGUUGAUUUACUUUAGUGCACAUGUCAAUGUUAGAGAAUGCAAGUUAAUGAAUGUCAGUUCAUGUGAGUAGAGUGUACAAGUUAAUAGAUUUUUGUUCAUAUGUUGUUGUAAGUGUGAACAAAUUUAUUAACUUGAAAUGAUAGUUCUUGGAUGUAAAAAUGUCUACAGAUCCUCUGUAAACAAGGUUUAUAAAAAUAAAUGAAGAAUCAAU